AUAGCCAACGUCAACAAAGCUCUGGAGUACAUCACCAGCAAAGGAGUCAAGCUGGUCUCCAUUGGAGCUGAAGGUAUAUUAUAUAUCUAUUUCACCACAGCUGAAGGUAUAUUAUAGUUCUAUUUCACCACAGCUGAAGGUAUAUUAUAGUUCUAUUUCACCACAGCUGAAGGUAUAUUAUAGUUCUAUUUCACCACAGCUGUGAAGGUAUAUUAUAGUUCUAUUCACCACAGCUGAAGGUAGAUUAUAGUUCUAUUUCACCACAGCUGAAGGUAUAUUAUAGUUCUAUUUCACCACAGCUGAAGGUUAUAUUAUAUGUUCUAUUUCACCACAGCUGAGGUUAUAUUUAUAGUUCUUAUUCACCCACAGCUGAAGGGUAUAUAUAGUUCUAUUUCACCCCAGGGUAUAUUAUAGGUUCUAUUUCACCACAGCUGGAAAGGUAUAUUAUAGUUCUAUUUCACCACAGCUGAAGUUAUAUUAUAGUUCUAUUUCACCACAGCUGAAGGUAUAUUAUAGUUCUAUUUCACCCACAGCUGAAGGAUAUUAUAUUCUAUUCACCCCAGCUUGAAGGUAUAUUAUAGUUUCUAUUUCACCACAGCUGAAGGUAUAUUAUAGUUCUAUUUCACCACAGCUGAAGGUAUAUUAUAGUUCUAUUUCACCACAGCUGAAGGUAUAUUAUAGUUCUAUUUCACCACAGCUGAAGGUAUAUUAUAGUUCUAUUUCACCACAGCUGAAGGUAUAUUAUAGUUCUAUUUCACCACAGCUGAAGGUAUAUUAUAGUUCUAUUUCACCACAGCUGAAGGUAUAUUAUAGUUCUAUUUCACCACAGCUGAAGGUAUAUUAUAGUUCUAUUUCACCACAGCUGAAGGUAUAUUAUAGUUCUAUUUCACCACAGCUGAAGGUAUAUUAUAGUUCUAUUCACCACAGCUGAAGGUAUAUUAUAGUUCUAUUUCACCACAGCUGAAGGUAUAUGUAUAGUUCUAUUUCACCACAGCUGAAGGUAUAAUUAUAGUUCUAUUUCACCACAGCUGAAGGUAAUUUAUAGUUCUCUUCACCACAGCUGAAGGUAUAUUAUAGUUCUAUUUCACCACAGCUGAAGGUAUAUUAUAGUUCUAUUUCACCACAGCUGAAGGUAUUAUUAUAAGUUCUCUUUCACCACAGCUGAAGGUAUAUUAUAGUUCUAUUUCACCACAGCUGAAGGUAUAUUAUAGUUCUAUUUCACCACAGCUGAAGGUAUAUUAUAGUUCUAUUUCACCACAGCUGAAGGUAUAUUAUAGUUCUAUUUCACCACAGCUGAAGGUAUAUUAUAGUUCUAUUUCACCACAGCUGAAGCUAUAUUAUAGUUACCACAGUCCACAAAAACACUACAGUAAAUACUACAGUAUUCUACAAUCUGCAAAAACAGUACAGUAAAUACUAUAGUGUAUACUACAGUUUUCUUUUAUUUAUCCUAUGUUAACUGUAAAUACUACAGUAUACUACAGUAAAUGCUACAGAUUUCACUGCAGUGUUUUCGUGGUCUUUAGUACGCAAAAACACCACAGCGAAUACUAUAGUAUUUAUACCAUAGUAUACUAUAGUAAAAAAAAAAUUACGUGGGCUAUGUGUGACAUUGAACACUGCAUAUAAUUUGAAUGCCAGUAUAUUAUACAGACCAUCCAAUUAGACAAACUUAAUAUAGGAAUAGAAAACCCAGACCUGGUUGAUUAAGACUGUGACUAUUCCCUGAUUACUGACUUGUUUCUCCUGCAGAGAUUGUGGAUGGCAACAUUAAGAUGACUCUGGGAAUGAUCUGGACCAUCAUCCUGCGCUUCGCCAUCCAAGAUAUCUCCGUGGAAGGUUAGCUAAUAUAUAUAUAUUUUUGUACCUUUAUUUAACUAGGCAAGUCAGUUAAGAACAAAUUCUUAUUUACAAUGACGGCCUACACCGGCCAAACCCGGACGACGCUGGGCCAAUUGUGCGCCGCCCUAUGGGACUCCCAAUCACGGCCGGUUGUGAUACAGCCUGGAAUCAACCAGGGGGUCUGUAGUGACGCCUCAAGCACUGAGAUGCAGUGCCUUAGACCGCUGCGCUACUCGGGAGCAGUCAUGUAGUUAUAGUUAUGUAUAGUGAUUAGCAUGUCAUCUCCGUGGAAGGUUAGCUAAUAUAGUCAUGUAGUUAUAGUUAUGUAUAGUGAUUAGCAUGUCAUCUCCGUGGAAGGUUAGCUAAUAUAGUCAUGUAGUUAUAGUGUUAUGUAUAGUGAUUAGCAUGUCAUCUCCGUGGAAGGUUAGCUAAUAUAGUCAUGUAGUUAUAGUGUUAUGUAUAGUGAUUAGCAUGUCAUCUCCGUGGAAGGUUAGCUAAUAUAGUCAUGGAGUUAUAGUGUUAUGUAUAGUGAUUAGCAUGUCAUCUCCGUGGAAGGUUAGCUAAUAUAGUCAUGUAGUUAUAGUUAUGUAUAGUGAUUAGCAUGUCAUCUCCGUGGAAGGUUAGCUAAUAUAGUCAUGUAGUUAUAGUUAUGUAUAGUGAUUAGCAUGUCAUCUCCGUGGAAGGUUAGCUAAUAUAGUCAUGUAGUUAUAGUUUAUGUAUAGUGAUUAGCAUGUCAUCUCCGUGGAAGGUUAGCUAAUAUAGUCAUGUAGUUAUAGUGUUAUGUAUAGUGAUUAGCAUGUCAUCUCCGUGGAAGGUUAGCUAAUAUAGUCAUGUAGUUAUAGUGUUAUGUAUAGUGAUUAGCAUGUCAUCUCCGUGGAAGGUUAGCUAAUAUAGUCAUGUAGUUAUAGUGUUAUGUAUAGUGAUUAGUAUGUCAUCUCCGUGGAAGGUUAGCUAAUAUAGUCAUGUAGUUAUAGUGUUAUGUAUAGUGAUUAGCAUGUCAUCUCCGUGGAAGGUUAGCUAAUAUAGUCAUGUAGUUAUAGUGUUAUGUAUAGUGAUUAGUAUGUCAUCUCCGUGGAAGGUUAGCUAAUAUAGUCAUGUAGUUAUAGUGUUAUGUAUAGUGAUUAGCAUGUCAUCUCCGUGGAAGGUUAGCUAAUAUAGUCAUGUAGUUAUAGUGUUAUGUAUAGUGAUUAGUAUGUCAUCUCCGUGGAAGGUUAGCUAAUAUAGUCAUGUAGUUAUAGUGUUAUGUAUAGUGAUUAGCAUGUCAUCUCCGUGGAAGGUUAGCUAAUAUAUCAUUUAGUUAUAGUGGUAUGUAUAGUGAUUAGCAUGUCAUCUCCGUGGAAGGUUAGCUAAUAUAGUCAGUAGUUAUAGUGUUAUGUAUAGUGAUUAGCAUGUCAUCUCCGUGGAAGGUUAGCUAAUAUAGUCAUGUAGUUUAUAUAGUGUUAUGUAUAGUGAUUAGCAUGUCAUCUCCGUGGAAGGUUAGCUAUAUAGUCAUGUAGUUAUAGUGUUAUGUAUAGUGAUUAGCAUGUCAUCUCCGUGGAAGGUUAGCUAAUAUAGUCAUGUAGUUAUAGUUUAUGUAUAGUGAUUAGCAUGUCAUCUCCGUGGAAGGUUAGCUAAUAUAGUCAUGUAGUUAUAGGUUAUGUAAGUGAUUAGUAUGUCAUCUCCGUGGAAGGUUAGCUAAUAUAGUCAUGUAGUUAUAGUGUUAGUAUAGUGAUUAGCAUGUCAUCUCCGUGGAAGGUUAGCUAAUAUAGUCAUGUAGUUAUAGUGUUAUGUAUAGUGAUUAGCAUGUCAUCUCCGUGGAAGGUUAGCUAAUAUAGUCAUGUAGUUAUAGUUAUGUAUAGUGAUUAGCAUGUCAUCUCCGUGGAAGGUUAGCUAAAUAUAGUCAUGUAGUUAUAGUGUUAUGUAUAGUGAUUAGCAUGUCAUCUCCGUGGAAGGUUAGCUAAUAUAGUCCAUGUAGUUAUAGUGUUAUGUAUAGUGAUUAGCAUGUCAUCUCCGUGGAAGGUUAGCUAAUAUAGUCAUGUAGUUAUAGUGUUAUGUAUAGUGAUUAGCAUGUCAUCUCCGUGGAAGGUUAGCUAAUAUAGUCAUGUAGUUAUAGUGUUAUGUAUAGUGAUUAGCAUGUCAUCUCGUGGAAGGUUAGCUAAUAUAGUCAUGUAGUUUAUAGUGUUAUGUAUAGUGAUUAGACAUGUCUCUCGUGGAAGGUUAGCUAAUAUAGUCAUGUAGUUAUAGUGUUAUGUAUAGUGAUUAGCAUGUCAUCGUCCGUGGAAGGUUAGCUAAUAUAGUCAGGUAGUUAUAGUGUUAUGUAUAGUGAUUAGCAUGUCAUCUCCGUGGAAGGUUAGCUAAUAUAGUCUGUAGUUAUAGUGUGUUAUGUAUAGUGAUUAGCAUGUCAUCUCCGUGGAAGGUUAGCUAAUAUAGUCAUGUAGUUAUGUGUUAUGUUAUAGUGAUUAGGCAAUGUCAUUCUCCGUGGAAGGUUAGCUAAUAUAGUCCAUGUAGUUAUAGUGUUUUGGUAUAGUGAUUAGCAUGUCUCUCCGUGGAAGGGUUAAGCUAAUAUAGUCAUGUAGUUAUAGUGUUAUGUAUUAGUGAUUAGCAUGUCAUUCUCCGUUGGAAGGUUAGCUAAUAUAGUCAUGUAGUUUAUAGUUAUGUAUAGUGAUUAGCAUGUCAUCUCCGUGGAAGGUUAGCUAAUAUAGUCAUGGAGUUAUAGUGUUAUGUAUAGUGAUUAGCAUGUCAUCUCCGUGGAAGGUUAGCUAAUAUAGUCAUGUAGUUAUAGUUAUGUAUAGUGAUUAGCAUGUCAUCUCCGUGGAAGGUUAGCUAAUAUAGUCAUGUAGUUAUAGUGUUAUGUAUAGUGAUUAGCAUGUCAUCUCCGUGGAAGGUUAGCUAAUAUAGUCAUGGAGUUAUAGUGUUAUGUAUAGUGAUUAGCAUGUCAUCUCCGUGGAAGGUUAGCUAAUAUAGUCAUGUAGUUAUAGUGUUAUGUAUAGUGAUUAGCAUGUCAUCUCCGUGGAAGGUUAGCUAAUAUAGUCAUGUAGUUAUAGUGUUAUGUAUAGUGAUUAGCAUGUCAUCUCCGUGGAAGGUUAGCUAAUAUAGUCAUGUAGUUAUAGUGUUAUGUAUAGUGAUUAGCAUGUCAUCUCCGUGGAAGGUUAGCUGUUUAUGUUAUUGAUGAGGAAAACCACUAACGACAGAUCCUAUUGGACUGUAGGUGCUAUUCAUAAGACAGAAUUAGAUAUUAGAACACAUCAGGUCAGUUUCCUGGACCCAGAUUUCAGACUAGUCUUCGACUGAAAAUCAUCAACGACAGAUUCUCCAUUAAAAGUGCUUGUUAGUCCAGGACCAGUCUGUGCCCGGGGAACCGUCCCAUAAUGAAUGUGGCUAUCAUAGAUUACAUUUUAGUCAUUUAGCAGACGCUCUUAUCCAGAGCGACUUACAGUUAAUGAGUGCAUAAAUUUUUUCAUACUGCCCCCCGCCGGAAUCGAACCCACAACUCUGGCGUUGCAAGCGCCAUGCUCUACCAACUGAGCUACAGGAUUACCAACAUAGAGCACAUGACAUGGGCCUUUUGAGAGGUUUAUAGGGCCAGGGAUGUAUGGUUGUCACAAUAAACAUCACAAUGUUCUCUCCUGUAGAAACCUCUGCUAAGGAGGGGCUUCUUCUAUGGUGCCAGAGAAAGACUGCCCCCUACAGGAAUGUCAAUGUCCAGAACUUCCAUGUCAGGUGAGUCCAUUUACUUAGUGAGAUUCAAGAAAAUGGAAGUCCCAUCACAGCCAUGUAAAUGGUUUUCUAUUUCUCUGUGUUUUUAAUAUUUUCUAAAAGUGUUUAAAGACACGUUUCUAAAUGUACAGAGAGAGAGAGAGAGAGAGAGGAGAGAGAGAGAGAGAGAGAGAGAGAGGAGCGAGAUAGAACGAGAGAGAGAGAGAGAGAAAGAAUAUCAGCGAGAUAGCGAUAGCUCUCGCCAGCUCUCGCUGAUGAUCUCGCCUCGAUCUCUCUCUCUCUCUCUAUCUCUCUCUUCUUUCGUCUCUCUCUCUCUCGCUCUCCUCGCUCUCUCUCUGCUCUCUCUCUCUUCUCUCUCUUUCUCUCGCUCUCUCUCUCCUCUCUCUCUCUCUCUCUCUCUCUCUCGCUCGCCCUCGCUCUCUCUCUCUCUCUCUCUCUCUCUUUCUCUCUCCUCUCUCUCUUCUCCCUCUCUCUCGUCUCGUCUCUCUGCCUCUGCCUCUCGCGUUCUCUCUCUCUGUCGCUCUCUCGUCCUACGCCUCCGUUCUCUCUCUCUUACCUCUAUCGCUCGCAGAUCGACAUCUUACUUAAUAACGCUCUAACGGUACUCUCGAUUCGCUGAUUCUACAUUUAAGAAUGGCGAGAGAGAGCGGAGAUGAGUAGCGACUCUGUUCAUACUUCGCCUCCUUCUCGACUCGCUCGCUCUCCGUCUUACCUUCUCCGCUGCUCCGCGCUCCUUUCCGCUCCUCUCCUCGCCGCUGCCUCGCUCGCUCUUCCGCCUCGCUCGCGCUCCGCUCGCGCGCUCGCUGCUCUCAGGCGCUGGCGCCUCGCUCUCCGUCGCUCUCUUCCUCCUCGCCCCGUUCUCUCUACUCUUUUUGCCUCCAUUCCUCUCGCACCACUCGUCUCGCGCUAGAAUAAGAUGUCAGCCUUUUACAGCAGCCCACGCAGAGAGAGAGAGAGAGGGGGGAGCUACAUGUUAAUGAUAGAGAGAGAGAGAGGAGAGCUGCAUGUUAAUUCAGCCUUUAUUAGCAGCCCACCAGUCCAGUAAUGCUUACGCUGCCCCAUUUAAGAUCAGGGCUUUAAAAAGACCACUCUGCUUUGCCAUUCAUUGGUUGUGAUUAAAUCUGAUAAAGGCCCAGUGCAGUCAACAUUCGUUUUUUCCUGUGUUUUGUAUCAUAUUGUACAACAGCUGAUGAAACUAGCACUAGCACAAGUGUGAAAACAUUUGAUCAGUGUUAUUUCCUGAUAGUUUCUGGUUGAAAAUUCAAUCUACACAGAACCUUCUAAUCAGCAGGUUUGCAUGGGGCGGGAGUCUCGGCUUGCCUGGUGACAUCACCAGGUGGUAAAUUGAUUAAUAGACCAAUAACAAAGAGAGUUCCAACCUAGCUACCAAUAACAGCUCGGUUUCAGUUAUCCCCUCCUCCCUCAGACCACUCCCAGACAGUCCUAGCAAAAUUAUGCUUGAGAAAUCGUUUUUUUGCUAAAAAAAGCUAUUUUUGUCAAUUUUAAUGGAAAACUAUUACACUAAGGUUCUUAAUUGUUACCCAGAAAUGAUUUGAUAUUGAUAAAAAAACAGCUGCAUUGGGCCUUUAACUGCUGGGUAGAAGCCUCUUCCCAGACUGAUCAAUGUGUAUUGAUGUCAGCUUGGAGAAUCACAACCAUCCAUUUGAUUGAGUUCUGCAGCAGAGAGAGCAGUCUAUUAGAAAGGCUUGUACCCUUUACUGAUGAUAUGUCGCCAGAGAUGGUUUGAUUACGUUUCUACCAUUGUGGCUAGAUGGAGUAGGCCUACAGCUCCAUCUAGUGGUCGCGUCAGGGACAGCAGUUGUUGACAACUGUAGCGUUUUAGCUGACCCUUUCCUAACCUUUAAUCUCAUUCUCCUAACCUGCUAUGUUAAUUCACCUAACCAGCUGCGUUAGUUCUAACCUGCCACGUUAAUUCACCUAACCUGCAACGUUAAUUAUCCUGACCUACUAUGUUAAUUAUCCUAACCUGCAACGUUAAUUAUCCUGACCUACCAUGUUAAUUAUCCUAACCUGCCACGUUAAUUAUCCUAACCUGCCAUGUUAAUUAUCCUAACCUGCCAUGUUAAUUAUCCUAACCUGCCAUGUUAAUUAUCCUAACCUGCCAUGUUAAUUAUCCUAACCUGCCAUGUUAAUUAUCCUAACCUGCCAUGUUAAUUAUCCUAACCUGCCAUGUUAAUUAUCCUAACCUGCAACGUUAAUUAUCCUAACCUGCCAUGUUAAUUAUCCUAACCUGCCAUGUUAAUUAUCCUAACCUGCCAUGUUAAUUAUCCUAACCUGCCAUGUUAAUUAUCCUAACCUGCCAUGUUAAUUAUCCUAACCUACCAUGUUAAUUACCGUAACCUGCCAUGUUAAUUAUCUUAACCUGCCAUGUUAAUUACCCUAACCUGCCAUGUUAAUUACCCUAACCUGCCAUGUUAAUUAUCCUAACCUGCCAUGUUAAUUAUCCUAACCUGCCAUGUUAAUUAUCCUAACCUGCCAUGUUAAUUAUCCUAACCUGCCAUGUUAAUUAUCCUAACCUGCCAUGUUAAUUAUCCUAACCUGCCAUGUUAAUUAUCCUAACCUGCCAUGUUAAUUAUCCUAACCUGCCAUGUUAAUUAUCCUAACCUGCCAUGUUAAUUAUCCUAACCUACCAUGUUAAUUAUCCUAACCUGCCAUGUUAAUUAUCCUGACCUACCAUGUUAAUUAUCCUAACCUGCCAUGUUAAUUAUCCUAACCUGCCAUGUUAAUUAUCCUAACCUGCCAUGUUAAUUAUCCUAACCUGCCAUGUUAAUUAUCCUAACCUGCCAUGUUAAUUAUCCUAACCUGCCAUGUUAAUUAUCCUAACCUGCCAUGUUAAUUAUCCUAACCUGCCAUGUUAAUUAUCCUAACCUGCCAUGUUAAUUAUCCUAACCUGCCAUGUUAAUUAUCCUAACCUACCAUGUUAAUUAUCCUAACCUGCCAUGUUAAUUAUCCUAACCUGCCAUGUUAAUUAUCCUAACCUGCCAUGUUAAUUAUCCUGACCUGCCAUGUUAAUUAUCCUAACCUGCCAUGUUAAUUAUCCUAACCUGCCAUGUUAAUUAUCCUAACCUGCCAUGUUAAUUAUCCUAACCUGCCAUGUUAAUUAUCCUAACCUGCCAUGUUAAUUAUCCUAACCUGCUAUGUUAAUUAUCCUAACCUACCAUGUUAAUUAUCCUAACCUGCCAUGUUAAUUAUCCUAACCUGCCAUGUUAAUUAUCCUAACCUGCCAUGUUAAUUAUCCUAACCUACCAUGUUAAUUUUCCUAACCUACCAUGUUAAUUAUCCUAACCUGCCAUGUUAAUUAUCCUAACCUGCCAUGUUAAUUAUCCUGACCUGCCAUGUUAAUUAUCCUAACCUGCCAUGUUAAUUAUCCUAACCUGCCAUGUUAAUUAUCCUAACCUGCCAUGUUAAUUAUCCUAACCUGCCAUGUUAAUUAUCCUAACCUGCCAUGUUAAUUAUCCUAACCUGCAACGUUAAUUAUCCUAACCUGCUAUGUUAAUUAUCCUAACCUGCCAUGUUAAUUAUCCUAACCUGCCAUGUUAAUUAUCCUAACCUGCUAUGUUAAUUAUCCUAACCUGCCAUGUUAAUUAUCCUAACCUGCCAUGUUAAUUAUCCUAACCUGCCAUGUUAAUUAUCCUAACCUGCCAUGUUAAUUAUCCUAACCUGCCAUGUUAAUUAUCCUAACUGCCAUGUUAAUUAUCCUAACCUGCCAUGUUAAUUAUCCUAACCUGCCAUGUUAAUUAUCCUAACCUGCCAUGUUAAUUAUCCUAACCUGCCAUGUUAAUUAUCCUAACCUGCUAUGUUAAUUAUCCUAACCUGCCAUAUUAAUUAUCCUAACCUGCCAUGUUAAUUAUCCUAACCUGCCAUGUUAAUUAUCCUAACCUACCAUGUUAAUUAUCCUAACCUGCCAUGUUUAAUUAUCCUAACCUGCCAUGUUAAUUAUCCUAACCUGCCAUGUUAAUUAUCCUAACCUGCCAUGUUAAUUAUCCUAACCUGCCAUGUUAAUUACCGUAACCUGCCAUGUUAAUUAUCCUAACCUGCCAUGUUAAUUAUCCUAACCUGCCAUGUUAAUUAUCCUGACCUGCCAUGUUAAUUAUCCUAACCUGCCAUGUUAAUUAUCCUAACCUGCCAUGUUAAUUAUCCUAACCUGCCAUGUUAAUUAUCCUAACCUGCCAUGUUAAUUAUCCUAACCUACCAUGUUAAUUAUCCUAACCUGCCAUGUUAAUUAUCCUAACCUGCCAUGUUAAUUAUCCUAACCUGCUAUGUUAAUUAUCCUAACCUGCCAUGUUAAUUAUCCUAACCUGCCAUGUUAAUUAUCCUAACCUGCCAUGUUAAUUAUCCUAACCUGCCAUGUUAAUUAUCCUAACCUGCCAUGUUAAUUAUCCUAACCUGCCAUGUUAAUUAUCCUAACCUGCCAUGUUAAUUAUCCUAACCUGCCAUGUUAAUUAUCCUAACCUGCCAUGUUAAUUAUCCUAACCUGCCAUGUUAAUUAUCCUAACCUGCCAUGUUUAAUUAUCCUAACCUAGCCAUGUUAAUUAUCCUAACCUGCCAUGUUAUUAUCCUAACCUCCAUGUUAAUUAUCCUAACCUGCCAUGUUAAUUAUCCUAACCUGCCAUGUUAAUUAUCCUAACCUGCCAUGUUAAUUAUCCUAACCUGCUAUGUAAACAAACCAUCUGUGGCAACAAAUCAUCAGUAUCAACACACCUGCACCUAUCAGUCUGAGAACCAAUGAACACAAAGCUUUAGUAGGAAGUCAAAUGUAAUUGUCCCUUGACCUUAGAAGACUAUUCGAUCCAGGCGUUUUAAUUGGCUAUUGAUGUGGCUGCCCGCUGUGAUGAUGUAAUAUGAUUCUCUCCCCCCCUGGUUGGCUGUGAAGCUGGAAGGACGGCCUUGCGUUGUGUGCCCUGAUACACAGACACCGUCCUGACCUCAUCGACUAUGCCAAGCUCAACAAGGUCUCUGUUUGGUGUGGCCUGAGCCCCAAUGCAUGCUGGUCUAGGACUGGCUGAGUGCCAGUCUGUUUGUGCCUUCAGGCCAACUCCUUGUCACUCAGGCUAGUCUGGUCCUAGACCUGGGCUGAAGUGCAUGAUGGGAGAUGCAGCCACCAACCACCAUACUAACCCAACUGCCUGUUUACUUCAUAGAGAUUCACUGGUCAAGAGUCCUGUUUACUUCAUAGAGAUUCACUGGUCAAGAGUCCUGUUUACUUCAUAGGGAUUCACUGGUCAAGAGUCCUGUUUACUUCAUAGGGAUUCACUGGUCAAGAGUCCUGUUUACUUCAUAGGGAUUCACUGGUCAAGAGGAUGAUAAAACGAAGAUAAGCUAUAUGAUAAAACGAAGAUAAACUAUAUGACAGUUAUAGGAAGUAAACAAAUGAAAUCGAAUAUGACAGCAUUUUGGCUGCACUACAAAAAAUCUAAGUGUACAUUUAAACAUUGUUUUCUGUAGGUAAAUCUUUUUGCUUUCUUGAUCCCACUUCUCUAUUGACCUGUAAUGGGAGAAUAAAAUAUUUUGUCAUUCCACCAGUAAUGUCUUUCUUUCUCUGGGGGCGAAGACAACAGGAGAGAGAGAGGCGCUCCUUCUGUCCGACGCUGGAGACAGAGCCGUGGAGAUCCCAGGCUUACUGCAGCUAGGACCCUAGUUAAUCAGGGCGGCGGGUAGCCUAGCAGUUAAGAGCGUUGUGCCAGUAAUCCUAAGGUCGCCGGUGUGCUCUUGAGCAAGGCACUUAACCCUAAUUGCCUCUGUAAGUCACAAUGGAUAAGAGCUUCUGCUAAAUGUAACAUCUUACGACGGCCAGCAAAAGCCUUCUAGUGUGGGCAUCAUUCCUCCAUUCCUCUCCUCCCUUACCCCAACUCUAUCACGUCCAGCCUGGAGGAGAUGACAGGUUUCAGGCUACAGCGUCGUACUGUAGCCUAGAGCUAAGUACAGUCAGACUACUUAGGUCCUAGGCUUUAGGGGCUCUUCUAUGGCUUAACUGUCUCCAGGUCAUCCUGACUUGUGACCUUUCGAGUGUGUGGUUUUAGCAUUGAGAUGUGCUAACAUGGCCUCGUGGUCUGUGUCUGCAGUGCUGUAACAUUAUCCCAGGCCACACAGCCAUAGCCUUGACACUGCUGAGCAGAACAGGGUUAGCCCAUACCAGAACAGGGUUAGCCCAUACCAGAACAGGGUUAGCCCAUACCAGAACAGGGUUAGCCCAUACCAGAACAGGGCCAGCCCAUACCAGAACAGGGUUAGCCCAUACCAGAACAGGGUUAGCCCAUACCAGAACAGGGUUAGCCCAUACCAGAACAGGGUUAGCCCAUACCAGAACAGGGCCAGCCCAUACCAGAACAGGGUUAGCCCAUACCAGAACAGGGCCAGCCCAUACCAGAACAGGGCUAGCCCAUACCAGAACAGGGUUAGCCCAUACCAGAACAGGGUUAGCCCAUACCAGAACAGGGUUAGCCCAUACCAGAACAGGGCCAGCCCAUACCAGAACAGGGUUAGCCCAUACCAGAACAGGGUUAGCCCAUACCAGAACAGGGUUAGCCCAUACCAAAACAGGGUUAGCCUUGACCUGCUGAGCAGAUCCCCUGGUCGCACAUAGACAUAGCCCACAGGUGGGUGCCAAAGUUUCCUGGUGGGUUGCGGGACAUUCCUUGAUUUGUUAUUUUUACAAAUUGGUGAUUGUUUAAACCGAGCCAUAACUACUGUUUAAACCGAGCUAUGACACCUGGUUGAUAACAUCUGGGACAUUAAGAACACCUGGUUGAUAACAUCUGGGACAUUAAGAACACCUGGUUGAUAACAUCUGGGACAUUAAGAACACCUGGUUGAUAACAUCUGGGACAUUAAGAACACCUGGUUGAUAACAUCUGGGACAUUAAGGACACCUGGUUGAUAACAUCUGGGACAUUAAGAACACCUGGUUGAUAACAUCUGGGACAUUAAGAACACCUGGUUGAUAACAUCUGGGACAUUAAGAACACCUAGUUGAUAACAUCUGGGACAUUAAGAACACCUGGUUGAUAACAUCUGGGACAUUAAGAACACCUGGUUGAUAACAUCUGGGACAUUAAGAACACCUGGUUGAUAACAUCUGGGACAUUAAGAACACCUAGUUGAUAACAUCUGGGACAUUAAGGCACAGUGUGUAGGACCAAGGCUAAAGGCCUACUAAUGCAUUGUAUGUCCCCCUGGAGUUGCCAUGUUGAAUGUUGAAACUGUUACAUUUACUAGCCUAUAUUGUGUUGCAUGGUAGUAGUAUGAUUGAUUUACAUGUUUUACAUUUUACAUUGAUGAUGUGUUGAAUACAGUAUGGAUGAAUAUUUUAUUAUAUAGUUAUACAGUAUCUUUCCAUGUCUAGUUAUGAUGUAUUUUACCCUCUAUUCCAUGCAGGAUGACCCUCUGGGUAAUCUGAACCUGGCCUUUGAAGUGGCAGAGAAAUACCUGGACAUCCCCAAGAUGUUGGACGCUGAAGGUAAAUAUUCUAGAUCAGGGGCCUUUUCUAGCGUGACAGCUACUUUUAAAAAACAUUUCGCGAGCUACUACUUUCUCCCACCAGGAAACUCCUUAGUGGAGAAGAGAAAGCAGUGCAGUAUGUGUUCUGUAAAUAUACCUGGUCAAAUAAGGGUUCAUAAACGACUCUGUGAUUUUUUACCCCCCAAAUUAUGUUUUAUAUUUUCCCAAAUUAUGUUUUCUUAGGUACAUUUUUCCUGGUUUUAGAUUUUUGUUUUGUUUUUCACUCUCGAAAUUACAAUUGUUCGUAGAGAAACAACGAAAUUGGAUGUUCUGAGUAACACGGCAACGCUUAAAUCACAUCAGAAUACUUUCUUUUGAGGUCUGGAAGAAAACGAUCAAAUGUAGAUUUUUGAGUGUAUUUCCCCUUUAAUAAUGGCUCAUCCAGCCAGUGAGGAAUGUGCCGUCUAAUGCGCCGGUCCAGCGAUGGUUCUGUCUAAUGCGCCGGUCCAGCGAUGGUUCUGUCUAAUGCGCCGGUCCAGUGAUGGUUCUGUCUAAUGCGCCGGUCCAGCGAUGGUUCUGUCUAAUGCGCCGGUCCAGCGAUGGUUCUGUCUAAUGCGCCGGUCCAGUGAUGGUUCUGUCUAAUGCGCCGGUCCAGCGAUGGUUCUGUCUAAUGCGCCGGUCCAGUGAUGGUUCUGUCUAAUGCGCCGGUCCAGUGAUGGUUCUGUCUAAUGCGCCGGUCCAGCGAUGGUUCUGUCUAAUGCGCCGGUCCAGUGAUGGUUCUGUCUAAUGCGCCGGUCCAGUGAUGGUUCUGUCUAAUGCGCCGGUCCAGUGAUGGUUCUGUCUAAUGCGCCGGUCCAGCGAUGGUUCUGUCUAAUGCGCCGGUCCAGUGAUGGUUCUGUCUAAUGCGCCGGUCCAGUGAUGGUUUUGUCUAAUGCGCCAGUCCAGUGAUGGUUCUGUCUAAUGCGCCAGUCUAGCGAUGGUUCUGUCUAAUGCGCCGGUCCAGCGAUGGUUCUGUCUAAUGCGCCGGUCCAGUGAUGGUUCUGUCUAAUGCGCCGGUCCAGCGAUGGUUCUGUCUAAUGUGCCGGUCCAGUGAUGGUUCUGUCUAAUGCGUCGGUCCAGCGAUGGUUCUGUCUAAUGCGCCGGUCCAGUGAUGGUUCUGUCUAAUGCGCCGGUCCAGUGAUGGUUCUGUACUGUUGCUGUUCAUUACAUGGUAAAGUUGGCAAAUAACUAAUAAUAGAUACAAAUUAUAGACUUCUGACAAGCAAUCAGGAGCCCCGUGUAGCUCAGUUGGUAGAGCACGGCGCUUGCAACGCCAGGGUUGUGGGUUCGUUUCCCACGGCGGGGCCAGUAUGAAAAAAGAAAAGAAAAAAAUGUUGCAGUUAACAUUUAAUUGAGAAGGAUUUUGGGGAAAGUAUUUCUGCCAACACACAAGACGGUUAUCACAUCAACCGGCUACACACUGAGAGAUAGACAAACGCCUGCACCACACAGACAGACUGGGGUAAUAUUGCUGGAAAUUAAUUGGCAGAUAUUGUGUUAGGUUUGGCUUUUUAAGCCAAUAGUGGCUAACCAGGGGUGGGAUAAUGUCAGUGUUGCGUUGAUUAGACAGUGGCUGGUGGCUUGUGGUGUCUGAUACUUGUGAGAUUUGUUAAUGACAGUUUGUGGUGGAACGGGUGAAACUUGCAUGUACUGUCAGAAUAGUUUGGUGAGCGACUCAUCGGUGAGCUGGUAUGUCUCAGAAUAGUUUGGUGAGCGACUCAUAGGUGAGCUGGUAUGUCUCAGAAUAGUUUGGUGAGCGACUCAUAGGUGAGCUGGUAUGUCUCAGAAUAGUUUGGUGAGCGACUCAUCGGUGAGCUGGUAUGUCUCAGAAUAGUUUGGUGAGCGACUCAUAGAUGAGCUGGUAUGUCUCAGAAUAGUUUGGUGAGCGACUCAUAGGUGAGCUGGUAUGUCUCAGAAUAGUUUGGUGAGCGACUCAUCGGUGGAGCUGGUUAUGUCUCAGAAUAGUUUGGUGAGCGACUCAUAGGUGAGCUGGUAUGUCUCAGAAUAGUUUGGUGAGCGACUCAUAGGUGAGCUGGUAGCUCUCAAAUAGUUUGGUGAGCCGACUCCAUAGGUGGUCUGGUAUUUCUCAGAAUAGUUUGGUGAGGCGACUCAUAGGUGAGUGCUGGUAUGUCUCAGAAUAGUUUGGUGAGCGACUCAUAGGUGGUCUGGUAUGUCUCAGAAUAGUUUGGUGAGCGACUCAUCGGGGAGCUGGUAUGUCUCAGAAUAGUUUGGUGAGCGACUCAUCGGGGAGCUGGUAUGUCUCAGAAUAGUUUGGUGAGCGACUCAUAGGUGAGCUGGUAAUGUCUCAGAAUAGUUUGGUGAGCGACUCAUAGGUGGUCUGGUAUGUCUCAGAAUAGUUUGGUGAGCGACUCAUAGGUGAGCUGGUAUGUCUCAGAAUAGUUUGGUGAGCGACUCAUAGGUGAGCUGGUAUGUCUCAGAAUAGUUUGGUGAGCGACUCAUAGGUGAGCUGGUAGCUCUCAGAAUAGUUUGGUGAGUGACUCAUAGGUGGUCUGGUAGUCUCAGAAUAGUUUGGGAGUGCUAUAGGGUCUGGUAUGUUCAGAAUAGUUGGUGACUCAUAUGUGACGUAUGUCUCAGAAUAGUUUGGUGAGCGACUCAUCGGGGAGCUGGUAUGUCUCAGAAUAGUUUGGUCUGGUAGCUCGUGAUCGACCUGUUGGAGACUCCUGUUUUAGAUAUACACUAUAUAUACAAAAGUACCCCUUCAAAUUAGUGGAUUUGGCUAUUUCAGCCACACCCAUUGCUGACAGGUGUAUAGAGUCGAGCACACAGCCAUGCGAUCUCCAUAGACAAACAUUGGCAGUAGAAUGGCCUUACUGAAGAGAUCAGUGACUUUCAACGUUGCACCGUCAUAGGAUGCCACCUUUCCAACAAGUCAGUUUGUCAAAUUUCUGCCCUGCUAGAGCUGCCCCGGUCAACUGUAAGUGCUGUUAUUGUGAAGUGGAAACGUCUAGGAGCAACAACGGCUCAGCCGCAAAGUGGUAGGCCACACAAGCUCACAGAACGGGACCGCCGAGUACUGAAGCGCGUAGCGCAUAAAAAUAAUCUGUCCUCGGUUGCAACACUCACUACCGAGUUCCAAACUGCCUCUGGAAGCAACGUCAACAUGAAAUGGGUUUCCAUGGCCGAGCAGCCACACACAAGCCUAAGAUCACCAUGCGCAAUGCCAAGCAUUGGCUAGAGUGGUGUAAAGCUCACCGCCAUUGGACUCUGGAGGAAUGAAUCACGCUUCACCAUCUGGCAGUCCGACGGACGAAUCUGGGUUUGGUGGAUGUCAGGACAACGCUACCUGCCCGAAUGCAUAUUGCCAACUGUAAAGUUUGGUGGAGGGGGAAUAAUGGUCUGGGUCAGUUUUUCAUGAUUCGGGCUAGGCCCCUUAGUUCCAGUGAAGGGAAAUCUUAACGCUACAGUAUACAAUGACAUUCUAGACGAUUCGGUGCUUCCAGCUUUGUGGCAACAGUUUGGGGAAGGCCCUUUCCUGUUUCAGCAUGACAAUGCCCCCGUGCACAAAGCGAAGUCCAUACAGAAAUGGUUUGUCGAGAUCAGUGUGGAAGAACUUGACUGGCCUGCACAGAGCCCUGACCUCAACCCCAUCAAACACCUUUGGGAUGAAUUGGAACGCCGACUGCGAGCCAGGCCUAAUCGCCCAACAUCAGUGCCCGACCUCACUUAUGCUCUUGUGGCUGAACGGAAGCCAGUCCCCGCCGCAAUGUUCCAACAUCUAGUGGAAAGCCUUCCCAGAAGACUGGAGGCUGCUAUAGCAGCAAAGGAGGGGGACCAACUCCAUAUUAAUGCCCAUGAUUAUGGAAUGAGAUGUUUGACGAGCAGGUGUCCACAUACUUUUGGUCAUGUAGUAGUUAACACAUCUAGACCUGAUGACGGGGCCAUUGUGGCCUGUGUGUCCUGUUUCUAUCAUAGCUUUGCUUUGGCUCUGAAGGUGACACCAUUAUUUAAUGGUAUUUUUCUAAAUUUUCUCCAGCUUUUUUUCUUAAUUUUUUUAAAUAAAAAAUUAUACUCUCUUUUGGAGAAUCUACAGUACCUCUUUUCAAUUUUUAACAUUUAACAUUUAAGUCAUUUAGCAGACGAUCUUAUCCAGAGCGACUUACAAAUUGGUGCAUUCACCUUAAUUAUGGUGUAAAAUAAGUAUUUGGUCACCUACAAACAAGCAAGAUUUCUGGCUCUCACAGACCUGUAACUUCUUCUUUAAGAGGCUCCUCUGUCCUCCACUCGUUACCUGUAUUAAUGGCACCUGUUUGAACUUGUUAUCAGUAUAAAAUACACCUGUCCACAACCUCAAACAGUCUCACUCCAAACUCCACUAUGGCCAAGACCAAAGAGCUGUCAAAGGACACCAGAAACAAAAUUGUAGACCUGCACCAGGCUGGGAAGACUGAAUCUGCAAUAGGUAAGCAGCUUGGUUUGAAGAAAUCAACUGUGGGAGAAAUUAUUAGGAAAUGGAAGACAUACAAGACCACUGAUAAUCUCCCUCGAUCUGGGGCUCCACGCAAGAUCUCACGAACGGUGAGCAAAAAUCCCAGAACCACACGGGGGGACCUAGUGAAUGACCUGCAGAGAGCUGGGACCAAAGUAACAAAGCCUACCAUCAGUAACACACUAUGCCGCCAAGGACUCAAAUCCUGCAGUGCCAGACGUGUCCCCCUGCUUAAGCCAGUACAUGUCCAGGCCCGUCUGAAGUUUGCUAGAGUGCAUUUGGAUGAUCCAGAAGAGGAUUGGGAAAAUGUCAUAUGGUCAGAUGAAACCAAAAUAUAACUUUUUGGUAAAAACUCAACUCGUCUAGUUUGGAGGACAAAGAAUGCUGAGUUGCAUCCAAAGAACACCAUACCUACUGUGAAGCAUGGGGGUGGAAACAUCAUGCUUUGGGGCUGUUUUUCUGCAAAGGGACCAGGACGACUGAUCCGUGUAAAGGAAAGAAUGAAUGGGGCCAUGUAUCGUGAGAUUUUGAGUGAAAACCUCCUUCCAUCAGCAAGGGCAUUGAAGAUGAAACGUGGCUGGGUCUUUCAGCAUGACAAUGAUCCCAAACACACCGCCCGGGCAACGAAGGAGUGGCUUCGUAAGAAGCAUUUCAAGGUCCUGGAGUGGCCUUGCCAGUCUCCAGAUCUCAACCCCAUAGAAAAUCUUUGGAGGGAGUUGAAAGUCUGUGUUGCCCAGCGACAGCCCCAAAACAUCACUGCUCUAGAGGAGAUCUGCAUGGAGGAAUGGGCCAAAAUACCAGCAACAGUGUGUGAAAACCUUGUGAAGACUUAGAGAAAACGUUUGACCUGUGUCAUUGCCAACAAAGGGUAUAUAACAAAGUAUUGAGAAACUUUAGUUAUUGACCAAAUACUUAUUUUCCACCAUAAUUUGCAAAUAAAUUCAUAAAAAAUCCUACAAUGUGAUUUUCUGGAUUUUUUUUCCUAAUUUUGUCUGUCAUAGUUGAUGUGUACCUAUGAUGAAAAUUACAGGCCUCUCAUCUUUUUAAGUGGGAGAACUUGCACAAUUGGUGGCUGACUAAAUACUUUUUUCCCCCACUGUAUAUCACUGCUUCCACUCUCUCAUCCUCUCUCUCGCUCUCUCUCUCUCUCUCUCUCUCUCUCUCUCUCUCUGUCUCUCUCUCUCUGGAUGGCUUAAUAUCACAUGAUCUCUCAUCUCUCUCCAUACUAUCUCUACUAUUAUCUCGGCCCUCUCUCUUCUCUCUCUAUCCUCUCUCUCUUCUCUCACUACUGAGGCUAUGAUCUCUAUAAUAUAUAUAGAGUUUUCUCUUAUCUCUAUCAUCGAGAUAUCAUUCUCUCUCUCUAUCAUAGCUGUCUCUCUCUCUCUCUCAUCUUUCUGUCUCUCUCUCUCUUCGUCUCUCGUCUCUCUCUCUCUCUCUCUCUCUCUCUCUCUCUCUCUCUCUCUCUCUCGGAUGGCUUAUAUAUCACUGCUUCCACUCUCUCGCCCUCCCUUGACGCACAAGGCUCUCCUUUUGUUUUACCCACUGAACCUGACCAGUCCUCAGUUUGAUUUGAUACUGUUGACCUGUAAAACAUCAGUGUGAUACGCAUCUCAGAGCUCCCCCUUCUCUGUUCUUUUCUACCCCCCCCCCCCCCCCCCCCCUCCACUCCAGACAUCAUCAACACCCCCAAGCCUGAUGAGAGAGCUAUCAUGACCUAUGUCUCCUGCUUCUACCAUGCUUUUGCUGGAGCAGAGCAGGUAGAGAGCCCUUUGAGUAUGUGUGGUUUUGGACUGCAGUGAUUAUUGAAGUGCCCGAAUGCUUGAAUGGCCACGUGCAAAUACUACCAUUUACUGUAAGUAGGUUCUCACACAAUGAAUUACUGUUGAAUAUUUUAACAUGGGAUCCCUUGUUCCUGUCUGAAAUAUUAAACAUGUGUUAUCCAAAACUUACAUAUCUAAAAAAUAUAACCAAUAAAACUUUGAUUUUAAAUCUUGGCUGUCAUCACAUUAUUUUAGGGUGCUUGAUCACACCAGCAAUACAAACUGUCCAAACUGUUUCCAUAUGAUGUGACAAAUGAUUUGACAGUAAUGUGACAUGUUGCUGUGGGUCUCUACAGGCGGAGACAGCAGCCAACCGUAUCUGUAAGAUUCUGGGAGUCAACCAGGAGAAUGAGAAACUCAUGGAGGAAUAUGAGAAACUGGCCAGUGAGGUAAUAAUCACACACACUCAGGGCCACACCCUUUUAGGAGGAAAACAGAUUAAAUAACACAAUGUGACUGUUUCUUCAGCUACUUCUUGUCACUCAAUUAUGACUCAUCAAUAUCAAUCAUAUGACUGAUUAAUAUCAAUUGUAUGACUGAUCAAUAUCAAUCACAUUACUUAUCAAUAUCAAUCAUAUGGCUGAUCAAUAUCAAUCAUAUGACUGAUCAAUAUCAAUCAUAUGACUGAGCAAUAUCAAUCACAUUACAUAUCAAUAUCAAUCAUAUGACUGAUCAAUAUCAAUCAUAUGAUUGAACAAUAUCAAUCACAUGACUUAUCAAUAUCAAUCAUAUGGCUGAUCAAUAUCAAUCACAUUACUUAUCAAUAUCAAUCAUAUGACUGAGCAAUAUAAAUCACAUUACUUAUCAAUAUCAAUCAUAUGACUGAUCAAUAUCAAUCAUAUGGCUGAUCAAUAUCAAUCAUAUGACUGAUCAAUAUCAAUUGUAGACAUUUGAACAAUGGGUGAACGAUCUGGAUCUAUCCAUGAACCAUCCAAAUCUUUGAAUAUUGACUACUGUAAGCAAAGUUACCUCUGAUGUCUUUACUAAACAUGGAACCCCUGUAACCUCGAUACUGUACCCUCCAUACUGUUACCCUCCAUACUGUACCCUCCAUACUGUACCCUCCAUACUGUACCCUCCAUACUGUUACCCUCCAUACUGUACCCUCCAUACUGUACCCUCCACACAGUACCCUCCAUACUGUUACCCUCCAUACUGUACCCUCCAUACUGUACCCUCCAUACUGUACCCUCCAUAGUGUUACCCUCCAUACUGUACCCUCCAUUUAAAGUUACUUUCCCUUACUGUACCCUCCAUACUGUACCCUCCACACAGUACCUCCACACUGUACCCUCCAUACUGUUACCUCCAUACUGUACCCUCCACACAGUACCCUCCAUACUGUACCUCCAUACUGUACCCUCCAUACUGUACCCUCCAUACUGUACCCUCCAUACUGUUACCCUCCAUACUGUACCUCAUACUUACCCUCCACACAGUACCCUCCAUACUGUACCCUCCAUACUGUACCCUCCAUACUGUACCCUCCAUACUGUACCCUCCAUACUGUACCCUCCAUACUGUACCCUCCAUAGUGUUACCCUCCAUACUGUACCCUCCAUACUGUUACCCUCCAUACUGUACCCUCCAUACUGUUACCCUCCAUACUGUACCUCAUACUGUACCCUCCAUACUGUACCCUCCAUACUGUUACCCUCCAUACUGUACCCUCCAUACUGUACCCUCCAUACUAUACCCUCCAUACUGUACCCUCCAUACUGUACCCUCCAUACUGUACCCUCCAUACGUGACCCUCCAUACUGUACCUCCAUACUGUACCCUCCAUACUUUACCCUCCAUACUGUACCCUCCAUUUCUGUUACCCUCCAUACUUACCCUCCAUACUGUACCCUCCAUACUGUAUCCUCCAUACUGUACCUCCAUACUGUACCCUCAUACUGUACCCUCCAUACUGUACCCUCCAUACUGUUACCUCCAUACUGUACCCUCCAUACUGUACCCUCCAUACUGUUACCCUCCAUACUGUACCCUCCAUACUGUACCCUCCAUACUGUUACCCUCCAUACUGUUACCCUCCAUUAGUGUACCCUCUAUACUGUACCCUCCAUACUGUACCCUCACAUACUGUACCCUCCAUACUGUUACCCUCCAUACUGUACCCUCCAUAGUGUUUACCCUCCAUACUGUACCCUCCAUGUGUUCCCUCCAUACAGUACCACAAUACUGUACCCUCCAAUACUGUACCUCCAUACUGUUACCCUCCAUACUGUUACACUCCAUACUGUACCCUCCAUACUGUACCCUCCAUACUGUUACCCUCCAUACUGUUACCCUCCAUACUGUACCCUCCAUACUGUACCCUCCAUACUGUACCCUCCAUACUGUUAUCCUCCAUACUGUACCCUCCAUAGUGUUACCCUCCAUACUGUACCCUCCAUAGUGUUACCCUCCAUACAGUACCCACCAUACUGUACCCUCCAUACUGUACCCUCCAUACUGUACCCUCCAUACUGUUACCCUCCAUACUGUUACCCUCCAUACUGUUACCCUCCAUACUGUACCCUCCAUACUGUUACCCUCCAUACUGUUACCCUCCAUACUGUACCUCCAUACGUACCCUCCAUACUUUACCCUCCAUACUGUACCUCCUACUGUUACCCUCCAUACUGUACCCUCCAUACUGUUACCCUCCAUUUCUUACCCUCCAUACUGUACCAUCCAUACUGUACCCUCCAUACUUUUACCCUCCAUACUGUACCCCAUACUUACCCUCCAUACUGUACCCUCCAUACUGUACCCUCCAUACUGUUACCCUCCAUACUGUACCCUCCAUAGUGUUACCCUCUAUACUGUACCCUCCAUACUGUACCCUCCAUACUGUACCCUCCAUACUGUUACCCUCCAUACUGUACCCUCCAUAGUGUUACCCUCCAUACUGUACCCUCCAUAGUGUUACCCUCCAUACAGUACCCACCAUACUGUACCCUCCAUACUGUACCCUCCAUACUGUUACCCUCCAUACUGUUACCCUCCAUACUGUACCCUCCAUACUGUACCCUCCAUACUGUUACCCUCCAUACUGUUACCUCCAUACUGUACCCUCCAUACUGUACCCUCCAUACUGUACCUCCAUACGUUACCUCCAUACUGUACCCUCCAUACUGUACCCUCCAUACUGUACCCUCCAUACUGUACCCUCCAUACUGUACCCUCCAUACUGUUACCCUCCAUACUGUUCCCUCCAUACUGUACCCUCCAUAGUGUUACCCUCCAUACUGUUACCCUCCAUACUGUACCCUCCAUACUGUACCCUCCAUACUGUACCCUCCAAUACGUACCCUCCAUACUGUUACCCUCCAUACUGUACCCUCCAUAGUGUUAACCCUAUACUGUACCUCCAUACUGUACCCUCCAUACGUACCCCCCAUACUGUUACCUCCAUACUGUACCCUCCAUAGUGUUUCCCUCCAUACUGUACCUUUCCAUAGUGUUACCCUCCAUACAGUACCCCCAUACUGGUACCCUCCAUACUGUUACCUCCAUACUGUUACCCUCCAUACUGUUACCCUCCAUACUGUACCCUCCAUACUGUACCCUCCAUACUGUUCCCUCCAUACUGUACCCUCCAUACUGUACCCUCAUACUGUACCCUCCAUACUGUACCUCCAUACUGUUACCCUCCAUACUGUUACCUCCAUACUGUACCCUCCAUACUGUACCCUCCAUACUGUACCCUCCAUACUGUACCCUCCAUACUGUACCCUCCAUACUGUACCCUCCAUACUGUUACCCUCCAUACUGUACCCUCCAUACUGUUACCCUCCAUACUGUACCCUCCAUACUGUACCCUCCAUACUGUUACCCUCCAUACUGUACCCUCCAUACUGUUACCCUCCAUACUGUUACCCUCCAUACUGUUACCCUCCAUACUGUUUCCAUCCAUACUGUUUCCCUCCAUACUUUACCCUCAUACUGUUACCUCCAUACUGUACCCUCCAUACUGUACCCCGCCAUAGUGACCCUCCAUACUGUACCCUCCCUACUGUUACCCUCCAGACUGUACCUCCAUAUGUACCCUCCAUAUGUUACCUCAAUAAAUGUACCUCCAUACUGUACCCUCCAUAUGGUACCCUCCAUAUGUUACCCUCAAUACUGUACCUCCCUACUUACCCUCCAUAUGUUCCUCCUACGGUACCCUCCAACUGUACCCUCCUUAUGUACCCUCCCUACUGUACCUCCAUAUGUUACCUCCAUACUGUACCCAUCCAAUGUUACCCUCUUACUGACCUCAUACUGUACCCUCCAUACUGUACCCUCCAUACUGUUACCCUCCCCUACUGUACACCCAUAGGUACACUCCAUACUGUACCUCAAAAGGUACCAUCCAACGUACCACCAUACUGUACCCUCCAUACUGUACCCAUCAAUACUGUUACCCCAUACUGGACCUCCAUACUGUCCUCCAUACUGUCCUCCAUACUGUUACCUCCAUACUGUUACCCUAUGUACCCUCAUACGUACCUCCAUACUGUACCCCCAUACGUUCCCUCCACUGUACCAAUGUACCUCUAUGUUACCCUCCAUACGACCUCCAUACUGUACCUCUAUGUACCUCAUACUGUUACCCUAUACGUUACCCAUACUGUACCUCCAUAUGUUCCUCCAUACGUCCCUCCAUAUGUACCUCCAAAUGUACCUCAUAUGUACCCUCCAUACUUACCUCAUCUUACCCUCAUUGUACCCUCCAUAUGUACCCCAUAUUCUGUACCUCAUACUGUACCCUCCUACUGUACCCUCCAUACUGUACUCCAUCUGUCCUCCAUAUAAUCUCUUGUUACCAAUAUAGCUUACAUAUGUCAGGGUUUACCAAAGGUGUUCCCAGCUCUUGGAGUGGAUCGUGUAUGACCCCCUGGAGAGAACAAGUCCCGAGAGACCAGGUGCUAUGCGGGUAAAAUGGAGGCUUCAGAGACUACCGUAGACAACACAAACCCCCCAAGGUGCAGGAGAAGUGUCAGCUGGAGAUCAGCUUCAACACCCUGCAGACCAAAGCUGAGGAUCUCCAACCGGCCCGCCUUCAUGCCCUCUGAGGGACGCAUGGUGGUCAGUGAGUCAGACACAAACACAAACAACACAACACACACAACACACACACACAACACACAACACACAACACAACACACACACAACACAAACACACAAACACACAACACAAACACAAACACACAACACACAACACACACACAACACACACACACACACACACAAACACACCACACACACAAACAACAACACACAUUCAACACACACACACACACACUCACACACACACACACACAACACAAAACACACACACACACACACACACAAACACUCACACACACAAACACACACAAAAAACUCACACACACACACAAACAAACACACACACACAAACACGCACACGCACGCACACACACACACACACACACACACAACACAACACACAAAACACCACACACACACGCGCACACACGCACACACAAAACACACACACACACACAAAACACACACACACGCACACACACACACACCACACACAAACACACACACACACACACAAAACAACACACACACGCACACACAAACAGCACAACACAAAACACACACACGACACACAAACACAAACACAAGCACACACGCACACACACAAAACACAACACACACCAAAACACGCGCACACACGCACACAAACACACACACACACAUACACAAACACACAGACACGCACACACUCACGUAACCACACACACACCCACCCACCACCACCCACCCACACACAGAGACCUUCCUUCCCUCUGAGGGUCUUGGUGAGUAGAGGAGACCCAGAGGAAGUUCCAGGCAACACAUCCCAGAGGUCAGAGAUCUUAUUGAUUUCAUUUAUCUCAUAUUCAUGUAUUCUUGGAAAGUAUUCAGACCCAUUGAAUAUUUCCACAUUUUGUUACGUUACAGCCUUAUUCUAAAAUGGAUUAAAUGAAAUUUUUCCUCAUCAAUCUACACACAAUACCCCAAAAUGACAAAGCGAAAACAGGUUUUUAGAGAUUUUUGCUAAUUUAUUAAAAAUAAACAACAGAAAUACCUUAUUUACAUAAGUAUUCAGACCCUUUGCUAUGACACUCGAAAUUGCAUCCUGUUUCCAUUGAUCAUUCUUGAGAUGUUUCUACAACUUGAUUGGAGUCCACCUGUGGUAAAUUCAAUUGAUUGGACAUGAUUUGGAAAGUCACACACCUGUCUAUAUAUAUAAGGUCCCACAGUUGACAGUGCAUAUCAGAGCAAAAACCAAGCCAUGAGGUUGAAGGAAUUGUCCAUAGAGUUCCGAGACAGGAUUGUGUCAAGGCACAGAUCUGGGGAAGGGUACCAAAACAUUUCUGCAGCAUUGAAGAUCCCCAAGAACACAGUGGCCUCCAUCAUUCUUAUAUGGAAGAAGUUUGGAACCACCAAGACUCUUCCCAGAGCUGGCCGCCCGGCCAAACUGAGCAAUCGGGGGACAAGGGCCUUGGUCAGGGAAGUGACCAAGAACCCGAUUGUCACUCUGACAGAGCUCCAGAGUUCCUCUGUGGAGAUGGGAGAACAUUUCAGAAGGACAACCAUCUCUGCAGCACUCCACCAAUCAGGCCUUUAUGGUAGAGUGGCCAGACGGAAGCCACUCCUCAGUAAAAGGCACAUGACAUCCCGCUUGGAGUUUGCCAAAAGGCACCUAAAGACUCUCAGACCAUGAGAAACAAGAUUCUCUGGUCUGAUGAACCAAGAUUGAACUCUUUGGCCUGAAUGCCAAGCGUCACAUCUGGAGGAAACCUGGCACCAUCCCUACGGUGAAGCAUGGUGGUAGCAGCAUCAUGCUGUGGGGAUGUUUUUCAGCAGCAGGGACUGGGACACUAGUCAGGAUCGAGGGAAAGAUGAACGGAGCAAAGUACAGAGAGAUCCUUGAUGAAAACCUGCUCCAAAGCGCUCAGGACCUCAGACUGGAGUGAAGGUUCACCUUCCAACAGGACAAUGACCCUAAGCACACAGCCAAGACAAUGCAGGAGUGGCUUCGGGACAAGUCUCUGAUGUCCUUGAGUGGCCCCAGACAGAGCCCGGAACUUGAACCCGAUCGAACAUCUUGGAGAGACGUGAAAAUAACUGUGCAGCAACUCUCCCCCAUCCAACUGACAGAGCUGAGAGGAUCUGCAGAGAAAGAAUGGGAGAAACUCCCCAAAUACAGGUUGUGCCAAGCUUGUAGCGUCAUACCCCAAGAAGACUCGAGGCUGUAAUCACUGCCUAAGGUGCUUUAACAAAAGUACUGAGUAAAUGGUCUGAAUACUGAUGUAAAUGUAAUAUUUCAGUUUUUUAUUUUUUUUAUAAAUUUGCAAAAAGUUCUAAAAAACAAGUUUUUGCUUUGUCAUUAUGGGGUAUUGUGUGGAGGAAAAAACAAUUUAAUCCAUUUUACAAUAGGCUUGUAACGUAACAAAAUGUGAGAAAAGUCAAGGGGUCUGAAUACUUUCCGAAUGCACUGUAUAGUUGACCCUAGCCUUGAUAUUAGCUGAGUGAUCAACGUCCCUUGGAAGGAUUGGCAUUGUGAGACUACGUUUACCCCCACAGUUUUUUUACAAUGUUGUAAUAUUUAACACCCAAAAAAGACAGUUCCCUGGUGAAGUAUAGACCAACUUACCUGUAUCUUACAAACCUCUGUGUUUACCAGGACACCAACCAUGGACAGAACCUGGAGAAGGUAGAGAACGGCUAGGAGGAGGUUAUUAACUGUAUUGUUAUACUGUAUCCUUGUGUGGUGUGGUGUGGUGUGUGGUGUGUGUUGUGUGUGUGUGUGUGGGUGUGUGUGUGUGUGUGUGUGUGUGUGUGUGUGGUGUGUGUUGUGUGUGUGGGUGUGUGGUGUGUGUGUGUGUUGUGUGUGUGUUGUGUGUGUGGUUUGUGUGUGUGUGUGUGUGUGUGUGUGUGUUGCGUAGGACAUCACCAGUGCGUGGACAGGCCUGGAGCAGGGCAGAGAAGGGCUAUGAGGAGUGGCUGAUGAGUGAGACCAGGAGGCUGGAGCGUCUCAACCACCUGGCUGAGAAGUCCAGAUGAAGGCUGCCACCCACCAGGACUGGUCUGUAGGUCCUGUCUGUUCUCUCUCUAUUCCAGGGGUUCUCUAACCUCUCCUUGGGACCUCCAGACGUUUUCACGAUUUAGUUGUAUUCCCUGAACUAUCUCACCUGACCUAGUGAAGGGCUUGACGAUUAAGUCGACAAGUUGAAUCAGGUGAGCAGCUGUGGAAUAGUUAAAUACAUGGAACGGCUGGGGGGUCGGUUGGGGGGUCGUUUGGGGGUCGGCGGGGGGUCACAGAGAAGAGGUUUGAGAACCACUUCUCUAUUGGGGGCGGCGCACAAUUGGCCCAGCGUCGUCCAGGGUAGGGGAGGGAAUGGCCAGCGUCGUCCAGGGUAGGGGAGGGAAUGGCCAGCGUUCGUCCAGGGUAGGGGAGGGAAUGUGCCAGCGUCGUCCAGGGUAGGGGAGGGAAUGAAUAGCGUCGUCCAGGGUAGGGGAGGAAUGAAUAGCGUCGUUCAGGGGUAGGGGAGGGAAGGGGAAUGGGCCAGCGUCGUCCAGGGUAGGGGAGGGAAUGGACAGCGUCGUCCAGGGUAGGGGAGGGAAUGAAUAGCGUCGUUCAGGGUAGGGGAGGGAAUGGCCAGCGUCGUCCAGGGUAGGGGAGGGAAUGGCCAGCGUCGUCCAGGGUAGGGGAGGGAAUGGCCAGCGUCGUCCAGGGUAGGGGAAGGAAUGGCCAGCGUCGUCCAGGGCAGGGGAGGGAAUGGCCAGCGUCGUCCAGGGUAGGGGAGGGAAUGGCCAGCGUCGUCCAGGGUAAGGGUGGGAAUGGCCAGCGUCGUCCAGGGUAGGGGAGGGAAUGGCCGGCAGGGAUGUAGCUCAGUUGGUAGAGCAUGGCGUUUGCAACGCCAGGGUUGUGGGUUCGAUUCCCACGGGGGGCUAGUAUGAUUAUUAUUUUAUUUUUUUAUAAAAUAAAUUGUAUGCACUCACUAACUGUAAGUCGCUCUGGAUAAGAGCGUCUGCUAAAUGACUAAAAUGUAAAUGUAUUGAAUUAGUCCAAUAUUCUGUACAUGAACAUCGCUCCAGCAGUACCAUCCUGAGAUGCCCUGUGCUCAAGAUGGGAGACCAUUUCCUGAAUAAGGACAAUAAAAUAAACUGAACUGAAUUGAGCAGAUCUGUCUUUAGAAAUGCACAUAGAUUAUCUAUCAAAAUACAUCCAUUCCUAAUGGUGAUCAGUGAUUUUGAUGAUGUGUGUGUCUAGGUAAGGACAGCGUCCUGUCUCAUAAGGACUACGAGUCCUGCUCUCUGACGGAGGUGAGAGCUCUGCUCCGGAAACAUGAGGCUUUUGAGAGUGACCUGGCCGCUCACCAAGACAGAGUGGAACAGAUCGCUGCCAUCGCACAGGAGUUAAAGUAAGGGGGGGGGGAGUGGGGGGGUGGGGGAGGGAGUGGGGGGGUGGGGUGGGGGUGGGUUGAGGGGGGUGGGGGGGUUGAGAGUGACCUGGCCGCUCACCAAGACAGACUGGAACAGAUCGCUGCCAUCGCACAGGAACUCAACUAGUCCCCUGCCCCACCAGUUUUUUCCCAGUCAGCCCACACCAAGCCCACAAUCGGUCCACAGUCACCCCACAGUCCAGCCCCACAACCAAGCCCACAAUCGGUUCACAGUCAACCAUAGUCAGCCCAAACCUAAGCCCACAAUCGGUCCACAGUCACCCCACAGUCAGCCCACACCUAGCCCACAAUCGGUCCACAGUCACCCCACAAACCCGGGCCUACAGCUGGCCCACAGUCAGCACCCAACCGGCCCAGGCUAAUGUUAUGUAGAUUGACAGGUAUUGCUGUUGUGGUUGUCAGUUCUGAGCAGGUAGUCAGUAGGAGACGGAUCCUCUGGUCCGCUUGUCUGGACUUCUGUUGUGCUGUAUGGACUCCAUCUAGUGGCUGAAGGCAGUCUGGGGCAAGGCCACUGACAGACUGAAACCUACUGGCAGACACAGAAUCCUCACUGUUGCUGCCAAAGUUUUCAACCACCCUAAAGGAAACAUUUGCCCCUCGUGUAACUCUUGUAGUUUAAAAGCACCACCAACCAGUCCAGAGGUCAGUGUGUCUUUUGCUUGAGAACAGUCCAUUGUUUCUAAAUGUGGGUUUGAAUGACACUGAACAGCACCUGCCACUUUCACUCUGCACCAGCACUGGUUUGUCCUGCCUGCCUGUGUGUGUGUGUGUGUGUGGGUGUGUGUGUGUGUGUGUGUGUGUGUGUGUGUGUGUGUGUGUGUGUGUGUGUGUGUGUGUGUGUGUGUGUGUGUGUGUGUGUGUGUGUGUGUGUGUGUGUGUGUGUGUAUUUGUCCGUGUGUGUGUGCCCGUGUCCACCAUUGUGUGGUGUGCGUAGUUGGCAGAUAGAGUUAUGAUGGGGUGAUCCUCCUCACCCCUUCCCAAGUCUCCUGUAUAUAUUCACCCCCCUUCUCCUUCUCUCUCUCUCUUUUUUUCCUUCCCUUUUUUCGUCUCCCCCCUGUUUACUCUUUCCCCCUCUCUUAUCUAGCUCCCUCCCCCUCUCGUCUCCCCUCUUUUCUCCUCGAUCUCCUCUCCUGGCCCCAUCUAUCGCCCCCCUCUCUCUUCUCUUCUCUCUCUCGCUCUCUCUCUCUCUAGGUCAUCUCUCGCUCUCGCUCUUCUGGCUCUCUCGCUCUCGCUCGCGAUCGAUUAAUAUAGUAUAUAGAAUAUAUCUUGUAUAUAUAUUCACCACAGGCCAACCUGUGUUCUUCACGUGUCACAGUUGAAGGACUCUGAUGUCAUUCAUCAGACCAGAGCAACCUCCUGUCACCACGUGUCUUUCCACUGA